CCCUGAGCUUCACCACUACCCGAAGGAGUCUCAAAGCGGCUAACAUUCUCCUUCCCCUUCCUUCCCCACAACAAACACUCUGUGAGGUGGGUGGGGCUGAGAGACUUCAGAGAAGUGUGACUAGCCCAAGGUCACCCAGCAGCUGCAUCUGGAGGAGCGGAGACGCGAACCUGGUUCCCCAGAUUAUGAGUCUACCACUCUUAACCACUACACCACACUGGUUAGAAGGGUGCCUGCACUUUUGUUUACAGAAAUGACUGGACUCAAGAGAUUCCAAUGCUGAACUUUUAAAUCUGUGGAAAGGACAAGGGAUGGUUACCUUUCAUUUGUACUUUGCUUUAAAUUACUUACUUCUCUUUUUCUGGGCCUGCCUGCACCUGGGAAUGUGAUUUAGAGUAUUUGCAAUCUGUUGGUCUGCAUGGGACGGUGGGAAGGGGCUUUUAGGUGGUGGUGAGGGGUUGCUAGUUGUUUCUUUGUUUGCUUGGUUAAAAUUGAAUAUAUGAAUAUGUGUGUGUGUGGAAAAAAGAAGGGUGCUGUCAGGAAGUUGUUGCGGCUACUCCCGAGUAAAGACUCUCCAGUCUGUUGUGUCUUUAAAGGUUUUAUUGUGCAUACUAUUUACAGUGCAGAGAUAGCGGAAAACAUGACCUCCUAGUCACUCUCAGAAUCCGGCAGUGGUGCCCGUCUGCUUCGGGGCCAGCACAAUAACCUGGGCACCCCAAAACGGUGCCCCCUAGCCCUGCGUUUGGGCACGCGCCUCAAUUCGGCUGCUGGAAGGAACGGUGCCCCUUCUUCCACUUGCUGGUUGGGGCAGUGCCUGGGCUCCGCCGCCUCCCUGAGCCGUCCCUCCUCCACUUGUUGGUCAGAGUGGUGCAGGGGCUCCGAUGCCUCGCUGAGCCUUCCCCCUUCCAUUCCGCUUUCCCCUGACCCGCUGCUAGCGCUGUCGCUGGGCGAAGUGCUGGUCAGGAUGACGGGGGGAGGCUCCCUGUCGGGAGUCCCCCUGACAGGUGUCUUCAUAUUUUCCUUUAUAACUUUCUUUCUAGUAGUCUUAUUUCUCUUCUUUUCAGUGACAGUUCAGAACCUCAGCCUUGGUGCAGUUGCCCCUUUUGCCCCAUUAUAAAUCUGGGCGUAAAUGAGAGCUAUGUCUACCUGUCUCAAGAUUUCCUUGUUUAUGCCAAUAAACCUUUAUUUUAUUUCAUUUCAUUAAAAAAAACAGAUUUCCAGCCUUUUUGCUGGUGGGCUUUGUUGCACAUGUGAUAAUACUGGUAGUGUGCUAUAAAUGGCUCUUUACUGAGUACCUCUUAACUGCAGUCUUGGCCCAACUAUCUAAAUUAGACGGUUUCUGACCCUCUCUCUUGUAAUAGUUAAUGAAUAAAUGCAGUGGCUUGACUUACUGUAAAACCUUGAAAACGCUACAGGCAGAAUCACACAUUGAAGUACAUCCUGAUUGUUUCAGAUGCUUCACUGGGAGGCUGACAUUUUUUUUAAAAAAAAUGAUAGUCAAUCAUCAUCAUUUCUAGUAGCCAAAGGGCAGCUAGACCCAGCUGCUUCGUGUUACUCAGAGUUGAAAGAAGACAGCAAAGGGAUCAAUUGUGCUUCAGGUGAAGAGGAAUGCUGAGGACGGAAUAAGAGUCUGAGACACAAGAGUGUAAAAACAUUCCCUAGAAUACAGUGCUAAUAUAUAUUGAAAAAUCUGGACCAAAUUAUUCAGAUACUCUCCUUGGUCAUUUCUGGAUAGAGGAGCCCUGCAUUUCUUCCUAGUGUGGUAAAGCAGCUGGCUCCAGGGGCCUCUGGUGAGUCUACCCUGCUUCUGAUUUCUUGUUACUGAAUCUUCAGAGAAGCAGGUACCUGGUUUAGGAAGUCAACAAGGAGCCAGACUGGAGGAAACUUGGGGCGUCUAAACUGCAGCAAUAGAAUAAUGGAACAGUUCAGUGGUUUUACUUAGAGAAGACUCGCUGAAAUUAACAGGCCUAACUUAGUCGCUCCCAUUAAUUUCAACUGGUUUGCUCAGACUAAUGUUGGAUACACUGAGUGAAGAAUUUGAGGCCAUCCAGAUGUUGUUGGUCUCCAGCUCCCAUCAGACCAGCCAGCAAAGUCAACAGUCAGGGAUGAUGGGAGUUGCAAUCCAUCACCAUCUGGAGGUCCUCGUGUCUUUUGGCUCUGCCAUAUAUGACAGCAAAGUAGCUCUAGAAUUAGUUGUCAAAGCAAUGAACCUGACUUUCAAGCAGCCAAAUUAAUGCAAUUGGCAGAUAAACUCCAGGGCAAAGUUGGGUUCACACACCAGAGAAAACUGGCACACAUGUAGAAGAAAAAGUGCAGAAAAGACUUUCUAUUCUGUGUGGUGUGAUCAGUUUUUUUGUCACAGUUCUUGUUUUUGUAGGGAAAGAGUGGGCUGAGGCCUAGCUCAUUGGAGGCUUUUUUGGCAGUGAAGAGAGAUUUUAGUGCUGUCAGGAAAUUGCCAGGAUCUGAUGAGUAGCAUGUGUUACCCAUUCCCGCAGCUGGGAUGCUGACACUGAUUCUCAGACAUAUGCGUAAACCAAAAUCAUGUGUGCACCGGAUUGCUUCUGAGAGCCGUAGCUACAGAGGGCGGGGUUAGCGGCGAAGCCUCCCAGCAUGUGUGUGUGUGUGCAAAUGUGCGUGGGGGGAUGCCAAACUGGGUCUUUGACCCAGGUGAAAUAAAGCCUAGUUUCGCCCCUGUCUGAGGGUACUUCUGGCCAGUAUAUUGCAAAGGGCAUUAAAGUGUUGGGAAUUCAGUUCCACCUUAAAUUACAGACAUGUAGCUGUUGUAUGUCACAUGUCUGUGGACUUCCGUUGUGUAUAGCUUUUGCUUCUGCGCUGAUCACGAAGGAGAGCAGACAUGUUUUUCUCUCUCUUGAGAUAUGCUUAAUAAUUAUGCCAACACCACGUCUUUCUCUCGCCUGUUGUUCCUGCUGCACAGUGGAUCCUGCUGCUAUAGUGUGCCCUGGCUUCUAGCCUGGGUUGUUAUCUUAAACUGCACCGGAGCCCAAGGCUAUAAUCCCACCAAGAGGUUCCUUUGUGCAAUCCCCAUUUCUUAUGGGUGGGAGCUGAGCAACCAAAUAAGUUUCAUAGCUGUGCAAAGAUCUGAAGGGCAGGUCUGUGCCAUUCAAGCCCAAUGCUUGGCUACUCUGCUACAUUGACGUGAUAUAAAUAUAUUAUGGAUAUACAGAAUAGCUUCAUCCUGAGCUGCUUUCUUGAUGCAUUAACACUUUUUUCGUUUUUAUGUGUGUGAUGGUGUUGUACCAUGGUAACCUCAAGAUUCGCUCUCUUGAAGCAUAGACCUAGGAGGAGGAGAAUCAUUUGCAAGUGGGUUUAAAAUGACGAAUUCCAAGAUGUCCCUGUGGAGCCUUGUCUCUGACAUGCCUCCAGAGCUAUUCAGUGGCCUCUUUGAAGAAUUCCCUCGAAGCCUGAGAUGCCUUCUGGGGGACUGGUUAGAAAACCAGCCUUGGGAAUUCAUCAACAGCUCAGACUCCUUCUGUGCUGUUCUUGCAGACAGGCUCCUGUCUGCCAUGGUGGAGAGACUUCAAGACCUAGCCAACAAAAACUGCCAGACUGGUCCGAUUCUUCAGGUCAUUGCCAAUAUCGAGAAUAGAUACCGGAGAGAGCCACUGCAGCUGGUGGGGGCUAUAAAAAGAAUCUUAGAGGGAGAGCAAACAGCAGCCCAACAGUUUCAGAAUGUGGCCCUCUUCAUCCAGCGCCAGCGGGAAGAACUGAGGUUUAUAUUCAAUCUGCAGAAGCUGCAAUACAGAGUGCAGGAGAUCCAGGCACUCCGGGAGAGCUUGAAUCAGAUGAACAGCAACGCAAGAGUUCCUUUGCAGCUGAACCUUCAAUUUUCACCACAGGAGAACCUGCAAGAAAGUUCUCUCCAAAAUCUUCAAAAUCUGUUCCUGAAAACAGCUAAUGAGCUAGAAGGUGCAAAGAAAAUGGUGCUGAUAAGACUUGUGAUCUGGAAGAGGCAGCAACAGCUGGCUGGGAAUGGAACUCCCUUUGAUGAGGACUUGGCUCCACUCCAGAAAAGGUUUGAAAGCAUGGUGGACAUUUGCUUCCAGCUCCGCCUGCAGUUGGUAGCCUCUGAAAUUGAGCUGAGCUCUGAGCUUCAGGAACGCCUGGAUAAUGUAUUUAGUGCCCUCGUCAAAAACUCAUUCCUGGUGGACAAACAGCCCCUGCAAGUUCUGAAGACCCAAACCAAAUUUCAAGCCACCACACGCUUCCUGCUGGGCCCGCAGCUGCUGAAGUCUCCACACUCCUUCACGGUCACCGCUGACAUUGUGACGGAGAAACAGGCCCGGGAGCUAGCUACUAGCCACCUUGAGACUGUCCUCAGUGAAAACACUGGAGAAAUUCAGAACAACACAGCACCUCUGGAGACAAACGCAACAAGCAAUGCCUGCUGUGCUCUCUUUAAGAAUAUGCUCCUAAAGAAGAUCAAGCGCUGUGACCGCAAGAGCACCGAGUCUGUGACUGAAGAGAAAUGCGCUAUCCUCUUCAGUGCCAGUGUGAGCCUUGGUCCCAACAAAACAAUAUUCCGCCUGCAGGCCCUGUCACUUCCUAUUGUGGUGAUCGUCCAUGGCAACCAGGAGAACAAUGCCAAAGCCACCAUCUUAUGGGACAAUGCCUUUGCCGCUACUAAUCGCAUCCCUUUCAUGGUAGCGGAGCGUGUCAGCUGGGAGUCCAUGUGUGAGACUCUCAACCAGAAGUUCAUGGCUGAGGUGGAGACAACUAAAGGGCUGCUCAAGGAGCACUUCUACUUCUUGGCUCAGAAGAUCUUUGGUGACAGCAACACCAGUCCUGAGGAAUUCCAGAAGCGCCAAGUGUCGUGGUCCCAGUUCAAUAAGGAGAUUCUUCCUGGCCGAGGAUUCACAUUCUGGCAGUGGUUUGAUGGGAUUCUCUACCUCACCAAGAAGCACUUGAAGGAUUACUGGUCUGACCGGCUCAUCAUGGGCUUUAUCAGCAAGCAGUAUGUUUUCAAUUGCCUGAGCAAUGCACCACCCGGCACUUUCCUGCUGCGCUUCAGCGACUCCGAGAUCGGGGGCAUUAGCAUUGCCUACGUCACAUACUCUCCGGACGGUUCCACUCAGGUGGAGAACAUCCAGCCAUUCACCACGAAGCAGCUGACCAUCUGUAACCUUGCUGACUGUGUUCUGGAUCUGCCGCAGCUUGAGAUGCUGUAUCCUGACAGGCCUAAACACGAGGCUUUCAGGAGAGUAGACCCACCAAAGAAGAAUAAAGAGUACCAGCCAGCGAAGAUGAAGAUGACCGUGGAUGUACCUUGCUCAUUCGCUGGUUCAUUGAGUCACACCCCAGUCGGCUCCACGAGCAACCUUAGCAUGAAUCCUGGAAUCCCAUCUGGCCCUGCUUAUGAUCCUCAGCUGAUGAUUGCACAACCUAUGGGCAUGUCUCCCUCCAUCAGUACAACAUACGGAAGUCCGAACUUGCUGCCUGAAUUAAUGGGCUACCCUUACUCCCUGGGAAGUCCUUCACCCCUUGGCUCAAUGGAUGCAUACCCCAUGCCUCAUGACGUGGAAAUGCCACUGGACUGCUCGCACAGUGAGAACUCCACAUCCUACGCUAGGGAUCUUUCGUUCCCAGUGCUACCAAAUCUGAUAAGGGUGCCUGAGCACAUUUCUCCACCUUCUGACGAAGAGCUGGCCCAUCUGCUACACCCCGAGUCAGAAAUGAAUUGCUAUCGUCAGAAUCUGGGGUGAACAGCAUCAGUUCAUAGCCUUUACAUCUAAUGCUUUGUGGGGGCUUUUAUGGACCGCACAGCAAUCACACUGGACAUGCUCCCAGAGCAGUGAUGGUUGAUGCCCCCUAAAUCCUUAGGGGGCACAGUAAGCUCCUCCCCUGGCUCCAGGCGUGUCCUCCCUCUCCAAGGACCCUCAUAUCCUUGCUUUAAUCAAGGGCAGCUUUGAUUCUGUGCUGGGCCAGAUCAGCAAAAUGAUAUGUUCUGUCAAUGGAUUCUUGCCAAUUAUGCCUAUCCAGGGAAGUCACAUAGGAAGCUGCCUUACUCCAGGUUAGACCAUUAUUUCGUCUAGCUCAGCAUUUUCUACACUGACUGGCAGCAGCUCAGACAAAGGGCUUUCCCAGUCCUACAUGGAGAUGCCAGUGACUGAACCUGGGACUUUCUGCAGCCAAAGCUGGUGCUGUAUUGCUGAGUUAGGACUGCACUCAUGCCACUGCUUUGAAGCAGGGCUGAGGCUCACAUUUGCUUGCUGCUUGGCACUGUCCUUUGGGGGAGGGGCCAAUAUAGCCCUGUAUGCUUUCCUGCUUGCCAGCUGCUGCUGGAAGUGGUUCCCUUCUGCAAAACAUGGGGUGGGUUUCUUUCCCCACCAGCAGCCCAGACAGAAGGGAGAGGGUAUUUUUCUCAGGAACUACAGGGGAUACUUCAUUGGACUGCUGCUGCUUCCCUAUAGCCACUUUGGGCAGGUGGGAUUUCUCCACCUGGCUCUUCUAUCUUGGGGCAGGAGAAGACUCCCAGAAUUAAAAA